AUGUCAAGAAUACCAGAUGCAAUAGUUAAAGACUCAUCACUGCCAGCUACACCGAUUGGCUUCUUUGAAAGAAUGAGGAAUGAUCGAUCAAUGAUGAGUCUUUCGGAAUUCCCACCCGAGGCACCACCAACUGCAAUGGUCACCAAGGUUGUACUCAAACAAAACUCUGAAACUGAUCUAACUAAACAUUUGAACAAACAACCAUCAUCACAACCUUCUCCAUCUCAAUCACCAUCAAACAAAGUUGUACCAAUAUAUCAACAGCAACAAUCAGCACCUGAAUUAUCAUCAUUAUUAAAUAAUAAUAAUAAUAGUAGUAGUAAUAAUGACACUAGUAAAGUAGAAGAAGAAGAAGAAGAUAUAAUUAUAUUUAGACCAAAAGUAAAUACGAAUAGAUUGACUGCAAAGAGACAGGCAUGGGAUGAUUAUGCAUUCUUGUAUAAUCGAGAAGAAGUUAGAGGUUGGCUUGAAGAAUGUUUUGAACAACCUUUUGAAGAAGAAGAUUUAUUCCAAGCUUUAAUGGAUGGUCAAUGGUUAUGUAAACUAGCAAAUUUGAUAAAACCAGGUAUCAUCAAGAGAAUUCACAAAAAGAAUUCACCACCUUUUAUGAGACUAGAGAAUAUAAACUUCUUCUUGUGUGCAUGUUUAGAGUUGGGUGUCAAAUCAGAUUAUCUCUUUUUACCAACUGAUCUAUAUGAGAGAAAGAAUCUUAAAAAGGUUAUCUAUUGUCUAUUGGCUCUAUCAAUUCAAGGUGGUAGAUGUCAUGGUCUAAAACAUAAAUUAUGUAUCACUUUAUUCAAUCAUGAUAGAAUUAGACCGUCUUCAUCAUCAAAUACUUCAUCUUCAUCCUCUUCUUCUUCUUCAUCAUCAUCAAGUACCUCAUCAUCUUCACCUCAAGAAGGUACAACUGUAUUCAAUAUUAUGAGUGUUGGUAAUAAUAAUAAUAAUAAUAAUAAUCAAUCAACUUCUACUUCUUCUUCUUCUUCUUCUUCAUCAUCCUCAUCCUCAUCUUCUACCGAUGAUACCAAUAAUAAUAAUUCCAAUUAUGCAACAUUGGAAGAUAUCCCAUUACCACCUCCACUUAAAAUGAUGAGAAGAAAGAAGAAGAAACCUGCUGCUCAGAGACCAUUACAAUCUCAACCGCAAUCUCAACCACAACCAACUACACCAACACCUUCAACACCAUCUGAAUCCUCUUUGGAAAUGACAGCUACUGUCAUUGUCAAUACCAAUACCAAUACUACCGUCACUAACUCUAACACCACCAACACCACCACAACUUCUUCUACUGAUGAAACUAUCUCCAACCAUAGUUCAAGUGUAAAUAAUAAUAAUAAUAAUAAUUCAACUAAUAGUACUGGCUCCUCACAACCUCUCAAAGAGGUACCUAAAGAAAAGAAAGAUGAUUCAUCAUCAUCAUUGAUCUCAUCUUUACCGGAAAAGGUUAUCAAUCAAGAUCAAUCAACUCAACUAUCAAUCUCAAAUGAGGUCAUUGCAAAAGAGAUUGAAGAAAUUACUACUACUACUACUACAAUUGAAUCGUCUGUAGUUGUUGUAUCGUCUACAACUAUAGUCGAGGAGCAAGGAGGAGAAGUAGAAGUAGAAGAAUCAACCAAAGCCUUAACUUCAAUUAGACAAGGUGAAUCAAAUAUUACCACCACCACCACCACCCCCACAACCAUUCCUUUGAUUGAUGGAACAACCAACAACAACAACAACAACAACAACAACAACUACAUUGAUAAUAGUUUAAAUGAUACCAACAACAAUAAUAUUCACACUAUCAACCAUAGUGAAACAACCAUACCUUGUCAAAUUGACAAAUUAUCAAGUGAGUCUGUUAAAUCGGAUAUUCAUCUUGAAAAUGUCAAGCCAAGUCAAGUCACUAAAGAACUGAUCAAUCCUAAUACUGUUAUCCAAGAACAACAACAACAACAACAACAACAAGUUCAAGUGAAUGUGGUUGAAACUACUUUUAUCCAAAUUGACGAAGCGAUGAAACAUGAAAACCCAACUAUCAGCUCAUCAAAUAAUAAUAAUAAUUAUAGUCAAGAAAAAAAAUUCGAUUCUAAUAUUGAAAAUGUUCACUUCAAUUCCUUAAUGAUUGAAAAGGACAGUAGUACUGUCAAACAAUCGUCAUCAACUCAAGCAAAUGAAGAAAUAGUCCAAAAAGAGACACAGACAGUAGUAGUUGAAGCUACGAUCACGACCACCACUACUUCUACAGAUAAAGUUCAAGGCCAAGAAUUCGUAUCGGCACAUAGAACUAGGUCUGGAUCUGGAUCGAGAUUUGUAAUUGGUAAAAGACGUUCAGUUUUGGUAACUGCUGAUGAAAUUCAAUCAUUAAAUACCAACAAUAUAAAUAUCAAUGAUAGUAAACAACAAGUAUCAAAUAAUAAUCAGACAACUACAACUACUACAACUACUAUAGCAGAUAGAUCUUCACCUUCUUCAAAGGAUAAUAAUAAUAACAAUGUAGAAUCAGAUUCAAUACCACCAAAAUCAAGAGGAGUAUCGAUAACAUCAUUUUUGAAAUCAAAGAAUCAAUUUGAUGAAUCUCAAAAGCAAUCUCAAUCACCUAGAUCAUCUAUUCUCUCUCAUCAAAGAAAGAGUCUAGAUAUAGUAAAUAUUAGAAGAAAUAAUAAUCUUAAUAAUAGUAAUAGUUUGGAAAGUGGAGUUAUUACCAAGGAUGAUAUAUUAUCACUUCAAAAUAUUGUAAAUAAUCAACAACAACAACAACAACAACAAAAUAAUAAUAAUAUCAUCCAAACCACCACAACUACAACUACUAGCAGUCAAACAUUAGAUCAACAAAUUCCAAGUAGUUUGUCAGAAGAUAUAUUCAAAUCAGAUGAACAAUUACAAUUACAACAACAACUUGACCAACAACUACAAUCAUCUAUUCAAGAUGAAGAUGAAGAUGAGGAUGAAUAUGAAUAUGUAGAAGAUAUAGAAACACCAUCAUUAUUGGAAUCACAAGUUAUGGAUAUUAUGAACUUGAUAUCAAACAAUCAUCAUGAUGAAGAAUAUUCUGAUAUUAUUGUUGCCUCUGAUGAAACUGAUCUAAUUCUUGAACAAUUAAAUCAAGAAGAGAAAGAGCAAGAAGAGGAAGAGGAAGAGGAUGAAUCACUAGAGUCACUAGAAUCAGCUACCAGUUCAUUGGAAUCUUCAGAUAUUGAUGAAAUGGAACCAUCUUUUGGUGAAACAACAUCCAAUACAUCAAAUACUGCAGAAAUCAUAUCAACUGACUCAGAUCGUUCAGUUCAAGAGAAAAGAGGAGAAACAUUUGGAAUUAAUUUGGAGAAAUCAUUCAUGGCUGAACAACAACUACAAAAUAAUAACAACAAAGUUGAAAAGACAGAACAAAAUAUAACAUUAGUAGAAAGUGUUACAACUAUCAACGAGAUUAAUCAAACAUUAAAUGAUAGUAGUUUAAUAGAUAAAAAUAAUAUCUCACCAGACAGUUCAACAUUGGUACUUAAUAAUAAUAAUCAAAAGAUUAAAUCAUCACCUACAGUGGUUCAAGGAUCAUUAAAAAGACCAAUAGAAAAGACAGUAUUCUCACAUGUUAUUACACCAGUAUCAUCACCAUCAGGAUCACCAUUAAAUUCACCAUUCUCAUCACCAUCCAAAGAUAGAGUAUCACAAAUUGCUAGACCUCCAAGUCAAAGUAAAUUAAGAUCACCUCUAAAAUUGGAAAAGAUUGAAACCAACUAUCCAACAAUCAAAACUGGAGGAGAAACAAAAUCAUACGAUGAAAAGGUUGAGGUAAUUACAAAGGUUACAACUAUUAUAACUGUUCAUCAACAAGAAGAACAACAACAAGCAACAACAGUUUUACCACCACCUUCACCAUCACCAACAAAGAACCAAAAACCAUUACCAUUACCAAUGCCACCUAUUGGAUCAAUUAAAUUAAAUCAUGUUGAACAGGAUCCAUUGGAUAUUGUCAUUCAAGAUGUAGAUGUAGAUUUGGAUUUAUCAAAUGAUGUUAAUAUUAAUAAUCAUGAAAAUGAAAACUUGGAGAAUAGAAGUGACAGUAGAGCACAAAAGAAGGAUUAUACAUUCCAUAGAACCUAUCGUACCGUUCAAAAUCAUCCACCAUACAAACCAGUGGUUAGUGAUACUACUGAUCGUAUCUUUGCCGAAUUCCUCAAUGUCACCAUGAAAAAGAUUCUUCCACCAUCGAUUGUAUUGCCCGACAGAAUCGAAAGAGUUGGACCAAACAAAUACAAAUGGGGUGACACUAUAGUCAAUAUGCGUUGUGUCAACAAUAUCAUUGUGGUUCGUGUAGGUGGUGGAUGGAUGACAUUGAAAGACUUUUUGAUUCGUUACAACUCGGUUAUUCAAGCUGCCGAUCUAGACAAGGUUGGUGAUGUUGCUUCUGAACACUCGGGUGAAAUGCAAAAACUUCAAAUUCAAACUACUGCCACUGACAAGUCUUCUGGAGUCUCUAAAACCACCCAAAAUCUUCGUAGUGGCAGUAGUAAUGCCAAUGUCAUAAAGGCAACCAAGACUAUACUUCGUGCAGGUACUCCACUCCCUGGAAGUACUAGUUCAAGACAACAGCAACAACAACUAAGAUCAGGUACUCCACUUCCACCAAACCCACAAGAUGAUAUUGGUGCAGGUGAUAUUCAAUAUAAAAUGGGUACUCAUCGAACCAGUGUUGCUAGUGGUACAUUGAGACAAGUCACUCCUACCAAAUCAAAUAUUCCAGCUAGACCACCUUCAAGAUUACCAACUCCCGUUAGUAGAUCUGCGAGUAAACCAACUACUACUACAAGUACCUCAUCGGCUCCAACAACACCAACCAAAUCAUCAACUACGCCAUUAUCAAAUACUUCUAAAUUACCAACAACAACAACAAAAUCGGCACCAUCUACACCAACCAAAUCACCAGUACCAGGAACUAAAUUAACAGCUACAGUAUCUGCACCAUUCACUUUGGGAGCAAAACCAAAAUCUUCUCCUUCACCUAUAACUCCUACUAAAUCAUCAUCAUCAACAUCAACAACAACUACUCCAUCAUCAUCAACAAUACCUUCACCUUCAACAACUAAAUCAAAAUUAACAUCAUUACUUCCAUUAAAGAAAUAA